AUGGAUGCCGAACACUCAACGAAAAUCAAAACUCAAGCUGAACAGCCACAGAACCACGUCGAUGCGGACGAGGAGCCCGUGUUUGAGUUCCUUGGAAAGCCCGACGAGAAUAUAUGGAUUGUCACUAUCCGAGGGGACCCUCGGAAGGAGCAGUAUCUGGCCAGUCCCAGCAACCCUUAUGGUGUUUUCCCAGAUGGCAGUGUCUAUGGCGACCCUGCAGAGAGUCGCCGGAGAGUCGAUGCGCAAAGGAGUUUGAUGUCGAAACAUAACCAAGCCUACACCGUCCGCAAUAUACUCAACCAUGAGAACCUGCUUUCGAUCGUCGGCAUUAUGCAGUACCAGGUUUUCACUCAAUGCCAAGCCCCUGAAGCUGAACAGGAUAACGUCGAGUUACUCGUGUGGGAUUUUGCCGACGCGGGCAACCUCAGCAACCUCUUUCGCCACUAUCCUGUCGAGGACUCCUCUCAUUACCUUCCCGAGUCUCUCUGCUGGCACGUACUUCGUUCUAUGACUCGCGCAGUAACUUGGCUCCACGAAGGGAAACGACUCGUGUACCAGCAUGAAGGCGAUGACCCAGAAGACAGUUUCAAAAAAGACUGGUUGACUGUCAACACGGACUGGUUUUCGAUUUUGCACCGUGCUAUUGAGCCCAAGAACAUCUGGUUCCAGCACCCUCGCGGUACCGAGACCUAUGGCCAGUGCAAACUGGGCGAUCUCAGCAAAGCUGCCGUUACAUGCCACGCUGUUGAUGGUCGUAACGAGAACAAGUCCAAUUAUCCGCCCCAAGGCUCAUUUGGUAUAGCACUAGCUACAAAGGAAGGAGACAAGCCACUCGAAAACACUCGCCAAGUGCUAGAUAGCAACGUUGGUAUUGCUGCGAUGGACGAGGGAGAUUGUCCUUAUACGGACAGGCACCGUCUUAUUGCUGCGAGCGAUGCGGAUGUUCUCACAUCCGAUUUUGCAAGAGCGGCGGGUGUCUUGAGAGACAAGCUGCUGCGAAAGGAUGUGACUGCUUGCUGGGAGGUUGCGAGCACAUACCCAAAGGUGCUAAGUGCCAUGACUCCAUUAGUCACUGGCCCGAUUGUCCUCCCCAACAUAAUUGUCCGGAGGUUUCCAUUAAUAUUCAUUCGUGGCUUGCCCAACUACGACCCUAACGGACCCAACGCAUACACUUCUCGAAUAUUUCGAAUGUGGCAAUUCGCUGAUGCUAUUGAAGAGGCGUAUAAGGAGUGGAAGACAGACACUGAAGAGGGCCGGGACUAUGUUGAUAUCGAGGACGAUAUGGCGAGGAGAUUGCAGGUGAGACCCGAGUAG